UGACUGUUAAUGGGCACGGGGCUUCUUUCGGGAGUGAUGAGGACGUCCUGGAACUAGAGAGUGGUGAUGGUUGCAAACUCCUGUGGAUGUGUUAAAAACACUGAACUUUACACUUUAGAAAGGUGAAUGUGACCAUGUGUCUGUGAUAACACAAUAAAACAGUUACUUAAAGAAUAUAAGUCCCUCUUCUUGCUGGCCUAAUGCAGGUACUGAGACCUUGAGUUCUUCAUCCUACACUGAGGAUACACAGGAACUAGGUCCCACAACCCUGCAGCCUCGCUUUGACCCCAUGGUCAGGAAGAAGGUCCCGUAGUCCUGCACUUGGCAUCUGGAUACUGUAGUGAGGAAGGAGCUCUGAAAUUCCUGUAAUGGCUCUCGGCUAUUGCAGUCAAGUGUAGGUCUGAUAGAUAUUUAGGUGCACUUUGUAGUUUGUAGUUCUUUUUUUUUUUCUUAAACACUUUCACCUGUUGCCAAAUGCUGAAGGCCCCAUGCACCUGACCUGGGGUUGUUAUUCUAAAAUUUACCAAAAGUGGAUAAAAGACUUGUACUUUUGAUACAUUGCAAAAUUGACCUAUAAAGACUCUGUAUGAACAAAAUUGCAAUGACUUAGGCUUUGGGCAAAAGAAGGGAGGAAGACAAAGACAAGGUGGACCUCACUGUCCCUGGACUUUUGGGAACCACCAGACCCUCUAAAAGGAGUAAUAGUUCUCCUAACAUCAGGUCAGCAGCAGAAAAUAGAUCUCCCCAGAGUUAGGGCUCUGGUCCAUCAACGGCAAGGAUGGGGCCUGGGCAGGGAGAGACCCAUGGAGUCUGCCAGAGGUGUGGUAGGAGACCCUGGCUGAUCUUAGUGUGUCCUUUCUUGGUUUUCGUGCAAUCUCUUUAUUUAAAACUCUCAAUGAUUUUUUUAAAGAUUCAUUUAUUUAUUCUAGAGAGCGUGCAUGGAGGGGAGGGAGAGAGGGAGAGAGAAUCUCAAGCAGACUCUGCGCUCAGCAUGCAGAACCCAUCUUGGGACUCGAUGUCAGGAUCCAGAGAUCAUGACCUGAGCAGAAACCAAGAGUCAGAGGCUUAACUGAGUGAACCACUCAGGCGCCCCAGAACUCUCAAUGAUUUUUAACAAGAAGAAAGUAGCCAGGCAGAGAUAGAACCCAGAACCGCUUUUAGCUAGCCUGGACAUGUGAUGUCUCCAUCCUCCAGGGGACACUUUUGGUGUGUCUUAGGACGGCCUUGCAAGAGGCCAUCGCCUGGCCACAGGAUCAACAUUUGUAAGAUAGAAAGUAAGAGCAGGUGGGUUCCAGGGGAAGUAAGAGGGAAGUUUCCAGGAGACUGGCAUCAGGGCCACACUGAUCGUGUGUGUGCACCUUAGCACUGAGGGGCCCCAGCCUCCUGCUUUCACUGGAGUUCCCGUUGUAGAGAAAGGUGACCCUCUGGUAGCCUGUGUGGAAAACCCUUGAGCAAUGGUCACCCUUCUUCCUGCCACACUGGUCAAAAUAAAGCAUUCCUGGGAGGGAGUUGCUCCCGAGUAAUGAAGACAGACCACAGCUGUGGAGACGCAAGUGGCAAGGGGGUCUUCCCUCCACAGGUACCUGCGCCAGCCCCCAUCUAAGAGCUGCAAGUUCCAGGGAAUGCCCUGCAACUUCAGUGAGCAGCAAGCAGCCCCACAGGGUGUGGAAGCAUAGGCAGCAUUUCCUGAGGGCAGUGGGUUCACAAGGUCUUGGCCUCCCGGAAGUCUGCUGGGCAGAGGAGAAAACGAGGUGCCUCCUCAUUUUGGGAACCUCCUCCUGGGCUGGGGAUGGUGUGCAGGAAGGCCUCUGCAGCAGGCCUGGCUGGGAGGUCUGCCCGCCGCGGCCAGCACCCGCAGAAGAGUGGAUGUGCUCCUAGGAGAGCGAGCCGGCUGGGGUUCCUCUCUCCGGGAGGAAAAUGGAAUCGGGAGGAGAGGCAGCCCCCGCCGGUAACAGGUUAUUGGUCUUUGUUUACCGGCCACGAGGCAGGUCUGCCUCUCUCCUCCCAGCCCGCUUUCUCUCUGCUUGCCAGCUUCACGUCCGGGGGGACAGAGGGGGACUGCGGGCGGAUUAGCUCCUGCCCGGCGGGCGGCCUUCGCGCGGCGGCAGCUGCUCUGCGGCCCUGCCAAGGGCGGCGUGGGCCCUGUUCCCCUGUUGACUUGGGGCGGAAUCGGCUCGGACACGACGGCUUCCUCUGUUUAUCGUCACGGCCGAUCCCGUCCCGCCCCGUCGGGCCGCCGGGCCGAGCGGCGCGGGCCGCGGCCGCGGGGUCAGCGGCGCACAGUGGAGAGGCUCGCGCGCCGGUCCCGUCUCGGGGCUUUGUUGCCGGAGCCUCGGAGCCUCGUGCCGAUGGGCUAAUGGGGCAGAAGAGAUCGGUGAAGGGCGACAGAAGUGGUCUCUGAAAGACGGUGUCAGUACAGGGCAGCGAGACAAAGGCCAAAACACACACGGGCGGAGAGGGACAGAUGGGGACGGGCGAGCGAAAACGAUUACGCGGCGGG